CGUUCCUCUUGGUCAUCUCACCUCUCAUCUCUUUUUCUCUCAUUCCUCAUCCCUCUUGCCCACUUACGCUCUCCUUUUUAUUUUAUUUAUUUUUGUGAAGAGAACUUAAAACGAACAAGGAUGUCCUCUCCUUCAUCUUCAUUUCCCUUGAGAGUUCAGAUGUUGACAUCCAGGAACCGGGCAGGAGUGGCCCAACUGAUAUUAGACGCACAUAUGCGGUCUGUUCCCGCCCUGUUCAAUUUUCUUCGGCUUCGUCCUAUAAUCUUGAUCCUCUGGACAGCCAUUUCGACUGCGAUUUUGAAAUAUCGUCGGACUCAGCUCCUAGAUAUCCUUGAAGUGCUCACAAUCUUUGCUGGCUCUAUCAUCCUCGCACAGGGAAUCUUGUUCCUUUCACUGUUGUACGACGCCACAUCACAAGCACCUGGACCUGAAGUAAUGGGCAAACUGAACCUGUUUGAGGACCAAGACCAAACUCAGGAACAGGAACAGGAACAGGAACAAGAACAGGAACAGGGACAUGGACAGCAGCAGCAGCAAAAACAUAAGAAAGAAUUAAAUUUAUCAGAGUAUACUAAGGAGGAUGAUUAUUUUGAAGUAUCUACUUCAGAUGUGAAUGUCCGGACUGUCCAGAGGCGAUCUACAUCUAGAAUAUCCUCUUCAGCCGCCACUACAGCAGCAUCCGUGCCAGUUGCAGCGAUCAAUGAUGUACGCAAGGACAACAAGUUUUGGGUACUGCAGAAAAAUGAGGAGGCCAUUGGAUGCAUUGGUGCCCUGGUGGAUAUAUCCCAUCGUGAGGCUCAGUUAGUCUGUUGGGUUGUUCAAGAAAAUUAUCAACGCAAGGGUUGUGGUGCCCUACUCCUCAAGGCUGCAAUGGAGCAAUUGACAGAUAGCUAUAAUAGAAUUGAGAACAGCAAUAGCAGAAAGAACAAGAUCAAGACAGUCAAGGUCGUGUUACAAGCAUUCCAGGUUCCCGCUCUGAGAUUGUUCCACAGAUUUGGCUUCCGUCAAAUUGGUCGCACUCCUGAAUGGAUGGGAGAGAGAGUGGUUCUGGAAUUGAGUAUUGAGGAAUGGAGCCAGAAUCAGAAGAAAUAGUCUUUAGAUAGCUGAAGCUUUAUUAUACAAAAGUCAUUUAUACAAGAGAAAA